AUGGUCAAGAAUCAGACAAUCCUCAUCACUGGCUGCUCCGCCGACGGCAUCGGUGCCGUCCUCGCCCUCACUCUCGCAAAACAACACCACCGUAUCUUUGCGACUGCACGCGACACAUCUAAAAUUCCCUUUGAGCUCAGAAGCCUCCCCAACGUAUCUGUAACAACUCUCGAUGUUUCAUCCAAAAAGUCCGUUGCGGAGGCUGCAAAAGCAGUCGAGGAGGCGGGCCACUGUCUGGACGUGUUGCUUCUCACAGGAACUUAUGCCUCCUCCAAGGCAGCUAUCAACAGCAUCUCCGAGACGCUUCGCUUGGAACUUCCCCCCUUUGGCGUGAGUGUCAUGACCAUCUUGCUCAGUACUGUUGCUACGCUCUUUCACGCUAAUGAGCUGAUACCUGAGCUUCCAGAAACAUCUUACUAUGUCAAAAUCCUCGAAACAAUCACCAAGUGGGCCAAGAAUGAGCUCGGUCCCAAAGGAGGUUCUACACAGGAGCUCGUCAGUUCUAUCCUACCAGAUAUCGUGGCCAGUAAUAGAAACGGAAUGGAUAUGAUGAUGUCUCAGGAUCAAGGUUUAGAUGAGCUUGCCAAGGCCUAA